GUCACCGUGAGGAUGCUGGGACAGUCGGAACCCGGAGACCUAGGGACCUUGGCACCGAGACUCCGCGGAAAGGGACCCCGCGGAAAUGAGCCGUUCCGGAAUCCGGACAUGGAGCGGUUGACAUUUGAGGAUGUAUCCAUUGAUUUCUCCCCAGAGGAGCGGGAAUGCCUAGACCCUGCUCGCUGGAAUCUGUAUAGGGAUGUGAUGUUGGAAAAUUACAGGAGCCUUGUCUUUCUGGAUCUUGCUGUGUGUAAACCUGACCUGGUCACAUUUCUGGAGAAGAGAAAGGAGCCUUGGAAUGUGGAGAGACAAGAGUCAGUAAACAUAUGUCCAGAGAACCUCUACAAAUAUAACCAGUCUGGGAAAGGGUUCAUUCAACACUCAGAACUCGCUACCCACCCAAGUCUACAUGUUCAAGAGAAGCCUCACAACUAUCAAGAAUGUGACAAAGCUUUUACUGAUAACACAACUUCUAAUCAACAACAGAAGGCUCAUAAAAGAGAGAAGUUUUACCAAUGUCCAGAAUGUGGCAAAGCCUUCAAUAAUAGUUCAAACCUCACUCGACACCAGAUCAUUCACACAGGAGAGAGACCCUACACUUGUCCAGUAUGUGGCAGAGCCUUCAAUAAUUCUUCAGCCCUUACUCGACACCAGAUGAUUCAUGCUGAAGAGAAACCCUUCAAAUGUAACGUAUGCGGCAAAGCCUUUCACUGUUCUGCAUACUUUAACCAACACCAGAUCAUUCAUACAGGAGAGAAAUCCUACAAAUGUCAUGAAUGUGGCAAAAGUUUUUAUUAUCGUUCAACCCUUACUCGACACCAGAUCAUUCAUACAGGAGAGAAACCCUUUAAAUGUCAUGAAUGUGGCAAAGCCUUUAAUAAUAGGUCAACCCUUACUCGACACCAGAUCAUUCAUAAAGAAGAGAAACCCUACAAAUGUAACGAAUGUGAGAAAACCUUCCACUGCUUUGCCUACUUCAACCGACACCAGAAAAUACAUUCGGAAGGGAGUGUAUACAGAUGUCCAGAAUGUGACAAAACCUUUAGCUAUAUUUCACACCUUAACCAGCAUCUGAGAAUUCACUCUAGAGAGAAGCGGUACACAUGUAAUGAGUGUGGCAAAGUUUUUAGUCGCUCUUCAUACCUUAACCAACAUCAAAGUAUUCAUAUUGGAGAGAAACCCUAUCGGUGUAAGGUAUGUGGUAGAGCUUUCAGCUGUUCCUCAGAGCUUAGUGUACACCGGGAAAGUCACACUGUGGAGAAGCCCUACAAAUGCAAGGACUGUGGCACAGGCUGUCACUGUUCCUCGUACUUUAAUCAGCACCAGAGAAUGCAUGCUGGAGACAGCCUCUACAAAUGUCAAGAGUGUGGCAAGGUUUGGAGCUGCCCUUCACACAUUAUUCAGCACCAGAUGAUUCAUACUGGAGAGAAACCCUAUCGGUGCAGAGAAUGCGACAAAGCCUUCACUUGUUCUUCUCACCUUCAUCGGCACCAGGCAACUCAUACUCGAGAUAAAUCCUACCCGUGCACAGAGUGCAACAAAGUUUUUAAGGACAGCUCAACCCUCUACCGACACCGGAGAAUUCAUACCGGAGAAAAGCCCUAUAGGUGCAAACAGUGCGGGAAAGCCUUUAACCACUCUUCAAAUUUCACUCGCCAUCAAAGGACUCACUUGAGGGAAACAUGACGAAGGUAAAGAAUGGAUGCAAAUAUUACCAAUUUUCAUUUACUCAAUAGCCUCACACUGUUUAAAGCUGUACAAGACCCAACUCUCAGGUCCUUUCCAAUAGAAACGCUGAACUGCUUCCUGAGAAUUAUUGAUCUAUUUUCUUCAUAGAUCACACAGUGAAUUUUGGAAUGUUGUAUAGAUUGUAUGUGAAGUUCGUUUUGAUAAACAGAUAGAGAUUCUUAAUGUUUUAUCACUGGUAUAUAUUGAAUGACAUCUCAUUGUAUGUGAAGUUUGUUUUGGUAAACAGAGAUUCUUAAUGUUUUAUCACUGGUAUAUAUUGAAUGACAUGUCAUUCUAUCACAGUCAUUGAACCACUGUGCUCAAGAAUGCAGGUGGCAGAUCCUACUUAAUAUGGUAUUGAGAAAUAUUGAAUGUUUCAUAAUCCAUUUUCCCAGUGCAAUCAUUUAUUAACAAAUUUGGAGGAGCCCCCCCCCUUUUUUUGUUUUUUUUGAGACAGGGUUUCUCUGUAGCCUUGGCUGUCACUCAGUAGACCAGGCUGGGCUCGAACUCACAGAGAUCUGCCUUCCUCUCCCUCCCAAGUGCUGGCAUUAAAGGUGUGCACCACCACCGCCUGGCAAAAUGUAAUUUAUUUUUAUUUUAUAUUCAUUGUUUUGCCUGCAUGUAUGUCUGUGUGAGGGUGUUAGAAGCCAUGGAACUGGAGUUACAGACAGGUGUGAGCUGCCAUGUGGGUGCUGGGAAUUGAACCCAGGUCCUCUUGAAGAGCAGUCAGUGCUCUUAACCACUGAGUCAUUUCUCCAGCCAUGAGACUUUUCUUAUAUGAAUAACUUUUAUUCAUUCUUUUUAAUAAUUAUCCAGAAAAUAUGAGGGUUAUAGGAGUAUAAUAAUGUGUCAUAGUAUUCUGAAUCUUGAAUUGUUAUUUAUAAAAUUUUACCAGACCCUCCCCCACCCCGUAUCACCUUCUUGGUCUCAAAGCACACAUAAAUAUUUGCCAUCCAUUUAUACAGACUCAGGUAUCCAACUAUUAAGAUCUAUCAGUAAAUUUUAGGGGAAUUGUAGAUGGGUCUGUUGGAAUAAUGAUUGUGAAGAGAAUUAUAGAAUUCUACAUAGAAUUAACAAAUUGUUAAUUUUAAAGGAGUUGACCAAUUAUAGCUAACUAGAAUCCUUACAUACUAUGAGGGCAGAUUUUUUACUUUGGUUUGACUGAACAUAUUUCUUUAAAAUGACAAAGUUCUUGGUUUAGAAUAUCCUGUUAUUAAUUAGUCUUCAUUUACUUGUUACUCGUGGAAGACAUAAUAUAUGAUUUGCCUCAUGAAGUUUAUGACUUUGUUUGUAUAACCCUUACCAUAUUUGAGAAGGCUUAAUUAAAUUUUAUAUUAGAAACUAAUUCUAAGAUGCUAUGCCAUAGUGAACAUACACAGA